GUCCGUCGUCCUUAAGGUUUUUUUUUUCACUCGUUCUCUAUCCUUUUACCUAAUCCUGUACCAUGACAUAAAAAAAAAAUGUACUACCUAAAGUGAACUUAGCUUACCACAAAAUCCAACCAUAGUGCAGCUAUACAACUACACAAAAAAAAAAAAGAGCACAAAAAUAACUAAAAGGACAGUUAAGGUCCUUGAAAGUUACUACAUUGUACAUAUAUGUACCAUACCUGUGUCUGUGUGUGUGUUUUUUAAAAUAGAUUUGCCCUUUUUGUUUGUAACAGUUGGAAAGCCAAUGUUGACAGUUAUUAGUCAAUCGUCAAAUAUUCAAAACGUUAUGGAAAUUUAAUGUUCGGAUUUGAAGUGUUGCCGGCGGAAUCAACACACAGGACAUCAAAAAGGAUACCACACUGGAGCACUACAAGAAAUUUAAUAAAAUGCUUAUACUUCUGCCACUGAUUGGAAUACUUUUCAACAGUUUGCUGAAUUGGGCUGAAGCAAAUGUGAUAAGCGGCAAGGACAUUAAGCAGCAUCCAGAUGGAAGAUAUUAUCCUGCGAACUGCACAGUUGGAAGCAUCACCUAUUCACAUGGACAGACAUUCAAAUUGGAUUGUAAAACACAAUGUGUCUGCGAGAAUGGACGACAUGCUUGCUCGUCGCUAUGUCCAAAGGAGCAACUGCCAGCGCCGGAGGAUACAAUUUCAUGCAGAUCACCACGUCUUGUCGAAGUGCCUGGCCAUUGUUGUAAAAUGUGGCUCUGUGAGAAUCCAACAGCUGAUGUUACCGCAACAUGCCACAACACAUCAUCAAGUCCGUGGACACCAUGCUCAGAGUCCUGCGGCAUUGGUAUAUCAACUCGAGUGACUAGCACAACAGCCGGAUGCCACAAGUUGAGCAAUAUCCGUUUCUGUGAGAACCGCAAAUGUGAUGACAAUAAAUUUAGUAAUUUAGUCGAUAGUAGUUUUGCUGCACUGACAACGCACGAGCAUAGAAUAAGGAAAGGACACGAGUGCCGAAGUAUACAAAGAUUAGGUCCUGCGAGAAUUCGCUUGGGACCAUGUGUCUCAAGGAAAUUGUAUCGUCCAAAGACAUGCGGACGAUGUCAUCAUUCAAACAAAUGUUGUGUGCCUUCUGUGUCAACUACAAUACAAGUUGAAGUCUUAUGUCCACUUAAAGCUGGUGACCCUUUUAGAUUUGCUGAAAGUGGACAGGAUCUUUGGGACAGUGAAUCACUGGAGCCAAUCGAUCAGGAAAUGCUGCAGUCUCGGCAAAUUCAAAUCGAAAAUAAAUUCAUUGCGGUUCAGUGGGUCCUCAAAUGUGAAUGCAGGACGAAUGCGGAAUACUGCAACCAAAGCAAUAAUAAUCGCACAACAAGCUAUUCACACCACGAUUCGACCACAAAUCGUCGAAGGACUCACAACCGAACAUAGCAUCACAAUACUCGUCAUCGGGUAUAGAGGACCGACCACAUUCAAGGUUCCAAUUUACAUUAUGCCCCUAACAACAAGCAACAAAAUAAAAAAAAUAUAUUAAACCAAAACGCCCUAUAUCGACAUUUAGAAGAGAUGAGAAAAAGGAGUUCGAGUGUUGGAGUAGGAGUUUAGAAAAGGACUCUCUAAAGGAGGAGGAGGAAGCCAUUAGUACCAGAAUCCAAAACCCAGGACACGAUGAUGGCUUUGUAUAGAUAAAUAUAUAUAUAGUUUGUGGCAAGGGGCAACCAAUUCAACAUUCAACAACAACACAAGGACGACAAAACCUAUACACAGACACACACAAAGAUACA